GUGUUCCCCGCCUGCAGGGGAAGCCCGGCUCACUCUGACCUGAGAGAGCGUCAGUGAGAGCAGCUCGUCUUCUUCUUCAUCUUCAUCUUUCACAUCCCGCCCUCCUCAUGGCCGACCCCGCCAAGUCCUCGCAGACGGCCAAGAAUGUGGUCAUCGCCCUGCUGGCGCUGUGGUCCGUCAUCUCGCUCGUGGUCAUCGUGGUGUGGUCCACAUCCCCCGACCUGAAGAGCUCGGCUCAGUGCCGCGCCGAGCUGCAGGACAAGACGGAGAAGCUGGAGGGUGUGAAGGUGGUGUGCAGGAAGGACAAGGUGGCACUGGAGGAGCAGGUGGAGGCGGAGCGGGAGGAGCAGAUCAAACAGGGAGUGAAGAUCCUGCUGUUGCUCGCACACCUCAACGCCACCAACGCCACGCUGGAGGAGAGCCGGCAGGAAAACCUCGUCUUGCAGGCGAACGUCAGCGUCCUGCAGGAGAACAUCGAGCAGCUGCGUCAGACGGAGGCGAACCUCACGGCUCAGAUCAGCCUGCAGGAAGGUAGGAAAAAACUCCAUCACUGCCAUGAAAGGAGAGUUUCUCCUCACAGAGGUAUUCUUAGCUGCAUUUUCCCCCCUCUGUUACCAUGACGACCUGUGAGUCACCGUAAACAAACAAC